AAGUAAUAAAAAUUAAAUAAAAUAUUAAAAAAACAGUGUGUUUAAUCUAUUAAAUUACAGCAUGUAUUUUAAAUAGUGCGUGAGGGAGCGGCAUUUGUGUAUACAUAAGUACCCCGGAAGGGGUCAUCGCUGCUAAAAUAGCACGUGCAGUAGUUUAGUUUCUUGACGACUCUGCCAGCAAGACUAGUUGUGAACUGGAAGCAACCGUGACUGGGACAAAGCAAAAUCUUUAAAAGCCAAAAGUAGUACCACGCCAACUAAGUCGAAAGUAAAAGCCAAAUAUUUAAACUUUAACACAUAUAUAUAUAUCGCACAGAUAUUUUAAACAUUGUAAUUACAUGAUUAAUAACAAAAUUAUAAAUACUCUAGCCUAUAAAAGACAAGCGACAGUCAUUAUAUAUUUUGUCUAUGUACAAAAUAUAUUAAAUUGAUUGAGACAAUAUUAUUGAGGUGAUAUUUAAACAGAUAACCAUAAAAAUGGGGAACGAAAAAAUAAUAACCAAAACAACUUAUACAUCAACCAGUGCUAAAAACGAUUGCAGAUCGAUUAUUGACGUUUCUGAAGUCGAUCGUUAUGACUACGAUAAUUCAGAAAUAGAUAAUUCAUCGUCUGUUAAUUCUUUACCUCCGAACAUCAUGCAUAUAAGUAUAACGCGCUUACUUGCGAGUAAAUCAAUGGCAUGGGCACGAUACUCCAUUGAAAAUUUACCAAUUAAAUUGACAGUGGGCAAUUUGGGCUUUUUGAUUAUUAUGAUGGUCAUUAUUAUGCCUAAAACUGUUACAUAUUUUAUCAUCUAUCCGAUUUUUAGAUUACUCUUCGGCACACUUUAUCCAGCUUAUGCUUCUUACAAAGCGGUGCGGACGAAGAACGUCAAAGAAUAUGUAAAAUGGAUGAUGUACUGGAUUGUUUUUGCCUUGUUCACGUGCGCUGAAACAUUCACUGAUGUGUUCUUCAGUUUUUGGUUCCCGUUCUAUUACGAGAUCAAAAUAAUUCUGGUGAUCUGGUUAUUGAGUCCCGCAACCAAGGGUUCAAGUAUCCUAUAUCGGCGUUUCGUGCAUCCCGCACUCAUACGCCGUGAAGCUGAGAUCGAUGACGCUUUGGCACGUGCCACCGAACAAGGCUACACGGCGGUGCUUCAUCUUGGUACUAAGGGUGUCAAUUACGCCACCACAGUACUCAUGCAAACGGCAAUUAAAGGUGGAGGUGGGUUAGUGCAGCAGCUAAAAAAGAGCUACAGUCUGAGUGACCUGACAGGCGAGAAAGAGGAUGAAAAUAGAAAUACAUCAAUGAUGCACGACGAGACAGAUAUGAUAGAAGAACCUCGUCGAAGAGAAAAUCCAGGACGCAGAGGAUACAGCCCACGUAGAACACAAUCAAGCUGUAAUCGCGUAGAUAUGUUUUUUUCUGAAGUAGACGUUGAUGUAAGACAACCUAGGCCUAGAGAACCGAUAAGUAGUUUAAAUAAUAUACGGUCAUCAGACGACAUAUCCAGCGGUUACAGCAGUGGAGAAGCUGUUCAAACUCACCGCAUGACGCCACACACGGAAACGCUUUUAAGGACAUCGAGUGUUGGAGCAAGAACGAGGUCUUCAAAGCCUCGAUCUACUGCUAAAAAAUUACCCGAGGAUGAAGAAGACACGUGUGAGUUAGUGGAUCCUCAAUUACCAGCUUUGUCUGUAAUUACCGCUCACCAAAGUCUACAACUUAUGCUGUAUUUGUCACAAAUGCACGGUAAUGCACCUUUAAAUUAUCCGGGUCUUGAUGAAAUUUCAAGGAACUCUGGUGAUUUAUUUUUAAAAAAUUUCUCUGGAUCAAUACAAGACUCUAAUGCUAAUGAUAAUGCUAAUGGACUUCAAAUUAAUGAGGUCGAGUGUGAUUAUAAAAAGACUGAUAGAGAAUUUAAAGACCUGAGCAUUGAUUCUCACAGUGUUAAAGAUAUUGAAAAGCUUUCUAUCACUGAAAAUUUUACUGAAGAUGAUCAAAAUAAGGAAGAAAUAAAAAAAAAUUCUAAUUUAUCAAAACCUUCAGCAGAAUCUGAAAAAUUAAAUAAUCUAGAUAAAAAUCCCAAAAUUAGUUCUGAAGAAAAUUUGUCAAAAUUAAUUACAACAAAAUCUGCUGAAGUAAUUAAUUUAAACGCUUCUAAUUCACUUACUGAUGAUAAAAUAAAAAAAUUAUCCAGUGCAGAUUCAAGAGAAGAUCCAAAAUUAAUUGAAAAAAAUGACUUGAUAAAUUCUACAACUUCUGAAAAUUUGUCUAAAUCAAUUGCAACAAAAUCUGCUGAAGUAAUUAAUUUAGACGGAUUUAAUGCACUUACUGAAGAUAAAAUAAAAAAAUUAUCCAGUGCAGAUUUAAAAGAAGAUCCAAAAAAUCUGACAAAAUUAAUUGAAAAAAAUGACUUGAUAAAUUCUGCUACUUCUGAAGAAUUAAAGAAGUUUUCUUCAGAUAAUUUAUCAGGAUUAUCUAUUCCUAAAGAAGUGAGAAAAUUAUCUAGUUCACAUGAAAUUCUAAAGGUAACUACUGAAGAAAAAUUACCUUGUUCCUCGAUUUCAAACGUCGACAUUACAAAAAUAACAGACGAAAUAUGCCAGGAAAAAUUUAAAGAAUUAAAAAGACUGCUAAAUACUGCUCAUGAAGCGGUGACAAGUAUUGUUCACCCACCUCCGAAUGAAGGAAGAGAUUCAACGCACUUGGAAGUUAAAAGUAAUUCAAAAAGCAGUCUUCUGUCAUCACCAAGUGUGUCGCGAAGCAGUUCUGAUUGCGAUCGUGCUGGUAAAUACAACAAAAAACCUGCACCGAGAGUCCCUUGCUCAAAAAGUCAAUUAAAUUCAGAUAAUGAUCCUGAAGAAGAAACGGAUGUCGAACAAGCAUUAAAAGCAACACUCGUUAUUAAAACUGAUAACAAGUUUUGCAACUUUACCACGAAGUAAAAAACCAACGAAGAAAAAGGUAGCAUGAAAUUUAAUCGCUGCUGAUCACAUUAAAGAAGAAGACGGAUUAAUCGCAUCUAAAUAACAGCUAUUGCCUUUGCAUCUGAAAUUUCUAUUACAUCAUCAAUCAUCAUGAUCAUAAUCAUUAGUCAUUAACAGAUAGUAUUAUCAUCCGGUUGUCAAUGUGAUUAGCAGCAUUAUAAGAUGAAUUAAUACCAGAGCCAAAACGCUUAAUUAGCGUCUAGCUUAAUAGUCUUUACUCGGUUGAUUAUUUUUUAUUUCAAUCGAAUUUUUGCAAGGUAAAAGAAAGAUAAUUGUACGUGUUGAAUAAUUCAACUUUGUU